AUGGUCGACCCGAUAGGUCGCCGGAAGUUGUUGCGACUGGCCAUGGCUGGCGAUGGACAGCUUUGCGUCAAGGGCUUGAGGGAAGACAACAGAGCCUCUGCGGUGGCAGCGUCACGGCUGCAUUUCACGCGCCUGGGGCCUCAGAUGGCACCGGAUGGCUAUGCGGUUGCAGAUCCGAAUGAGGUGGAGACGGGAUUUCUCUUAGACCUGCCUUUGAAGUGGAUCAGUGGCUGGCCGGAGGGCCAGAAGCAAUAUCCACAGAAGUCUGGCUCCGUUUGGUUCGACUUUCCCGCCCUGUGGGGUGAAGUGCUAGAGUCCUUGAUCGUCCAUGCGCGGGACCCUGCCGUGGUUCACUUGUUGGUGAACUUUGCUUCGGCGGAGGGAGCAAAGACGAUGUUUGAGCUUCUCCACGGACGAUAUGUCUACAAUCCUGCAGCAGAAGAUGACACCUAUCCGGUCAGAUGUCUCUUGGGCCACUACCAGGAUCUCAGACUCUAUGCCGAGGGUCAGAAGGCGCUCGAAGGCCGUGGUUUCGUGCUCCGGCGUCGUGGUGCGCCAGAGACGGGAGUCCCACAGGUGAUCGAAGUGAACCAACGGCGCUUAACCUUGGGCCGCGAAGAGGAGUUUGCCAAUGUGGUGAUACAGAAACCGCACAUUUCAAAGGCCCAUGCGGUGCUGGAGCUGGUCGCUGGGACGUUGUCGAUCCAGGACACCUCCGUGAACGGCACCUGGGUCAACGAACAUCGAUUGGCCAAUGGGAUCCGAGUGGAGCUUCACCCCUUUGACAAAGUCUCCUUCCUGCCGGCCGGGCACCCCGGGGCACCCCGGGGCACCCCGGGCACCCUUCAUGGCUUAAAAAAAGCGGCUCACCCAGCCUACAAGGAAGCGCUGGUCUAUGAAGUCCGACCAGCUGAAGAAGCUCGAGAAGCUCCUAGGUCCAGAACGCCGGAACGGCGGCGGAAUUCCGACGCCAUCGAUGUGAGGCCCCACACAGCGCCCCUUUCAGCGCUCGCGUCGCUCGCUGAACCUGUGGGCUUAGCCAAGAAGCGAAAGGUCGUUGCGUUGCGAGGAGUGGUGCAGAUCGAUGACGAUGAAGAUGUGGCACGGGUUUCCCCAGAAAAGGAUGAAUUGCUGGAGGCCGAGGAUGUUGACCGCUGGGCUCGGCAGCUGGAUGGUGGCAGUUUGGUCGAAUAUAUCCCAAAGUUGACAUCCUUGUUCGACAGCGUGUCUCAGAUAAAAAAGCGCUACAGUGGCAAACUCAACGACUUCUACGAGGACGUGCAAGUGCAAGACGAAAAUCAUCGUUUGGCAUUUGCCAGUGCUUUGCGGGUCCGAGGGGCCUCAGUUUUGGGAGACAUGAUGACAUGAUGAGACAUGUUUUAUCAUGUUUUGCUGGGCAAUCGGAUAAAAAAAAGCAUCAUCAUCUUUCAAUAUCUUUCCAAUGCGUCCUGGACUGGGGAUUUUGGAGCUGGAAAAAUGAGAUGUAAUGAGUCAAUGAGGAGGUAAAGCAUGGUAAAGCAUGGUAAAGCCCAAGAAAAUGGUCGUGCCCAAUCGGUUGAUGAUUGACUGUCGACCCCUGUACGGGAUGAUGCUUAAAAUGCUCCCCAGUCAUGGUUGAUGGAUGGUGAAUGUUUCAUGGUCAAAAUGGCAUUUUCGUGGCAUUUUACGCCUGGUAAACCAUGCUUGACCAUGGAAAAAACCACAUGAUGCUGGUUUCUGGUUUUGCUCAACUUCGUGGCACUGUCCAUAUGGCAUGACGCCAUGCAUCAACUAAGGCACUGUCCAAAUGACGACAGACGCCCUCCGAGACAAAA